ACUAAACUAAGGUGUCAUUCGUAAACGUCAAAAACAUAACCUUAGUUUUUGAUAAAAUAAACAUCUAAAAUGUUUCGAAACUUAUUAAAUAGGUUUCAUCCAGUUCCAUCAUGUGCAUUUCACACGUCUUCAUGUUUGAACGAAGUUCAAUUAUUAACCCGACUAAGAGUAGUGGAUAAUUCUGAAAUCGGAAAGCGGGCUAUGGCCGAAGGCAAACCUCCCAAAGUUAUUUGUGUUUAUAAUAAAAAACGUGUAGGAUACAUCGGUGACCGAGUGAUGGUAGCCAUUAAAGGACAAAAGAAGAAAGGCAUACUCGUGGGGUUAAAACAAACACAAAAUAUCAAAGUACCCAAGUUUGAUAGCAACAAUGUAGUUUUAAUAGAUGACAAUGGAACUCCCCUCGGCACCAGGAUCCAUGUGCCCAUUCCCACAAUACUCCGCACCAUCCUCAAAGAGAAAACGCAUGCCAAGGGUGCAGACUACACCAAACUCCUCGGCAUCGCUACGAGAUUCGUCUAAAUUACUGUUAUACAAUUAGCUGCAUAGUGAUGUUUAAAUUAUGAAUACACUGGUUUAGUUUAAGAAACCUUUAUUUAUUUUGUAUAGUCUGUUGACCUUUGAUCCUUCCAUAAUUAUUCAUUGUUUGACAUCCAGCCGACUCGGCGAUUCUUUGAAGGGUUCACGGGAAGAAAUAAAAUGCACAAUGAAAUUGAAAAUUUAUUUAAACAUAAUCGGUUCUGGAGAGAACAGACUUAUAAAGACACGCUCUAGCCACCGAGUUAAGACGGACAACACAACAUCUACUCCAUACAAGUCAUACGAGAGGUCUGAGCUCUGACACAUCACUCACUGGCCGCUGCCGACGUCACCGCGGCCGCUCGGGAGCGGUUCCUCGACGGCGACGCUAAUGACGCCGUCGUUAUGUCACAUCACAUGACCCGCACGCUCCAUUGUUCGACUCGCGGUUGUUAAAAGCCACCAUUAAAAACAAAAUUA